ACUUGGGUUAAGGGGUGGUAAUACAUUCGUGGUAAUUCGAGCGAUGAUCCACGGAAUUCAUUCUAAUAAGCGAUUCAAAUCUGGCCUCACGGCAAACCCCCCAGGACUUAUAACUUGCCCGCCCCCCCCCGAGAAAGCUGAGCAGCCCAAAAUAUGUUAGACCAGUACCCGCCACCGCCGAAUUCCCCGCUGCGCGUCGUGCUCCAGACCAAAACCCACCUCGUCCCCGGCGACGAGUUCAGCGAGCGAUGUAGGAACAUGAAAAACCUCAUCUGCCGGCACCUGUGGGAUCGGGACUUCGACCACCGCCGGGACCGCUGGAGCUCGCACCUCGCCAACUUCGGCUAUGACAAUCGCACGUGCUACUUCCUCCUCGACCACGGCCAGUGCACCGGUGGCGAGGCUGCCGUCCCCGUCCUGUGGUUCAAAUGGACCGGUACAUCGUUUGUCGCCGUCCAGAAGCCGCUGCCGCACCGGUUCCGCCUCGAGCUGGAGCGCCGCCCCUUUUACCAGGCCCGCCAGCCCCCGCCAGCCACCAAGAGGAGCCGCGAGCCGCUAGACGCCGCCACCCGCCGCCAGAUCAUCCGCUCGCGCCUGCGGUCCAACAUGAGAAUCCCCGAGACCGACGUCGAGUUCCUCCGGAACCCCGAGCAGGCCCGGCUGCUCAAGGAAGAGAUCGACCCCAGGUUCUGGGAGCGCGUCGACGCUCUCUUGGAACCAUAGCAACGGAGAGGAGAGAGGAGACAGGCUGAUAGAGGGCCCGCCGGCCCGUGUUAUCCCGGCGGAGCAGGAGGCUGGCGUGGGUAGAGUAAGAUAGCGUAAGUGCUGGGUGCAAGGUGGCGUUUAAAUGUCCUUUGUUGCUAUACCA